GAUUCCAUUCAGCAUACGAAAGCUUGCAUAUAUAAGCAAGUGUCUUAUUUAUAGGCAUUACCCCUGCUUCGGAAACGGAUUAAUCACAACGCCUAAAUAAAGCAUUCAGGGUAGCAUCUAGCCUUAUAGCUCUAAAGAAUAGGUAUGAUCUCUCGACCAAAAAUAUCCAGCUCAUCCAAAGUCACUCUUUCCACACCAUUCCCCCUUUCCAUCCAUCUCUACAACACAGCAACAUAUUUUCAACAUGGGGAUCAUUUCCGGCGCGACAAUCAUAUCCUCUCUCUCCCUCCUCCACAUCACCCUCGCAUUCUUUUUCAUCACCAGCCCGGUGACCAUUGCUCAGCAGUCGCUGGUCUUCAUUUUGGGUGAAUCGAUGGGUUUGCCCUACGAGCGUUCCUUCGACCGCCAAUCCGCACCGAUAGCCUUUCUCGGAAUAAUAUUCCUCUUCCUCGGCAUCACAGACCUAGUAGCUAUAUCCAUGCCGGAAGAAGUAUCCCAAUACCACUGGGGAGUCCAAGCUCCCAUCCGAUUUUCCUUCUCUGCGGCCAUAGCACUCUAUUCUUGGCUUUCCUCGUCCGCCUCCCCUAUGUUCGCAUCUCGCAGCUCUCAUCACGCCGGUGGUUGGGGCGAGGGUCUUCAGAAUCGUAUCGUUUUUACAUGGGGAUUUAUCGAAAUGAUUGCUUGGUUUUGGGUUUUUGUUACUUUGAGAGAGGAGAGACAGCAGAUUGCUCUUAAGAAAGCGCAGAAAAAGGCUGCCGAGGAAGAUAUGAUGUGAUGAAUUUGAUGUGCUCAUCUGAGGAUAGAAUCUUAUAUGAUAUUUAACCCACCUAAAUAUAAGCAUAACCUCAAUACCAAUAUCUGUUUGAGGAAAUGGUUGAGACAUGC